CCUUUAAACAACAUUAUAUAUCACACACACACUGCAUGCUAAUGCGACCAAUUCUCAAUGAGCACUAAAACACAUCUUAAAAUUAGCUCAUUCUGUUGUCUGAGUUCAAACUGCCUGACAAGGCAACAGAGGGAACAUAUCAUCAGAAUUCCCCCUUUGGCAAUACCUGCUGAUUGGGUCCUAAAAACGCAAGCAGCUUUUAACUUUUAAUAUUUGGCUCCCGAGUUCUGCCACGAGUAGUCGCGAAAGAUAGAUUCUCCCUCACUGUUUUUUGGAGGAGAGAAAUAAAAAUCCACCGGUGCAGAUUCGUUUUUCAUUUUUGUCCAAUCUUCAGUUAAAAUCACAGUGCGCGUAGGAGCGCGCAUGUAGGCGUUCUGCUGGAGAAGUUUUAGAGAAACUUUAAGGAUGAUAUACCUUGGAUGUUUCCUGUUGCUCUGUGGGCUUACGCAUGUCAUGGCAAGUUAUCCCAUCUGGUGGUCACUAGCAGUGGGCCACCAGUACUCUUCACUGGGCACUCAACCCAUCCUCUGUGGCAGUAUCCCAGGUCUGGUGCCCAAGCAGCUGCGCUUCUGCCGAAACUACGUGGAAAUCAUGCCCAGUGUGGCCGAGGGGGUGAAGAUUGGAAUCCAGGAGUGCCAGCACCAGUUCAGAGGCCGACGCUGGAACUGCACCACCGUCAAUGACAAUCUGGCCAUUUUUGGGCCAGUUUUAGAUAAAGCUACUCGAGAGUCAGCAUUUGUUCAUGCCAUUGCCUCGGCGGGAGUGGCAUUUGCAGUGACCCGUGCCUGCGCUGAUGGUUCAGCCACAAUCUGCGGAUGUGACACACGCCACAAGGGCCCCCCUGGUGAGGGAUGGAAGUGGGGUGGAUGCAGCGAGGAUGUGGACUUUGGGAGCAUGGUGUCCAGGGAGUUUGCUGAUGCGAGGGAGAAUCGCCCUGAUGCACGCUCAGCCAUGAACCGCCAUAACAAUGAGGCAGGGAGAAUGUCCCUCAACGACAACAUGUUUCUCAAGUGUAAGUGCCAUGGGCUGUCAGGAAGCUGCGAGGUCAAGACGUGCUGGUGGUCUCAGCCUGACUUCAGAGUUAUUGGCGACUACAUGAAGGAUAAGUAUGACAGCGCAUCAGAGAUGGUGGUGGAGAAACAUAAGGAGUCCCGUGGAUGGGUUGAGACCCUGAGACCAAAAUACAACUACUUCAAACCCCCAACAGAGCGCGACCUGGUUUACUAUGAAAUCUCACCCAAUUUCUGUGACCCCAAUCCUGAGACUGGCUCCUUCGGCACCCGUGAUCGCAUCUGCAACCUGACGUCCCAUGGUAUAGAUGGGUGUGACCUGCUGUGCUGCGGCAGAGGUCAUAACACAAGGACUGAAAAGAGAAAGGAGAAGUGUCACUGUAUUUUCCACUGGUGCUGCUACGUCAGCUGUCAGGAGUGUGUGAGAGUCUACGACGUGCACACCUGCAAAUAAGGACAUGUGAUUCCUGUCUUUUCUCAACAAAAUUGAAAGACUUCAGUAGGCCGAUUCACAAAUACAGCAACUUAUCUACAAGACAUAAGAGACUGUAAAGCUGUGCGACCUGUGGCAGGCGGCCUUGUGCUGAAAAGAGCCAGUCCCUGCCUUGAUCAACUGAAAGUGUUGAUUAGAUGUUGACAUCAUAAAGCUCCAUUCAUGUGAACUGAUAUGAUGGCGAUGAUGACAACAAUGUUGAUAUCUCUAGCGAUGACGAAAGACUUCUGAUGUACUGAUGUAGGAAAGGAGAACUGUGGGCUGAUUGACAAACACCAUAUUGGUGAUUUUUUUUUCUUUCCUGUAUUCCAAGUAGUUCAUUUGUUAAGAAUAGUACAGCACUGCCAAUACUUUCAAGUCAAUGGGGCAAACAAUGAAAGUGUCACAUGUUCUUAUGUUGUUUUCUAAGUUGUUUUUUCCAACAUGUUGACAACUUACAUGACACUCAAUAGCAUGCAUUCUCCUCCUCAACUUUAUAUGUAUGUGUAUAUCUGAAAACUAACAUUGUCGUUGUGUGAGUGAGUUUUUUUUAAUAGUGUUAAUAUGUUACUGAUGUUUGGGUAAGAAUGCACUUGCACCUGAGUGAAUGUAGUUAUUAUGCUGCAAUGUGUUUACAUAUGCUCAAAUUAGUUAAGCUAACCAGUUAAUAUUUGCUUUCAAUGACAAUGUGAGCCGUAUCAACUGAACAAUUUCAAAACAAGAAUAUACACAUUUCCGGAAACACCUAAAAACACUGGAAGCUUUUUCUAAAAGGUGGAGUAGGUAAGUUUGAGAAACCUGCUCGAGAUACACUUUUUGUUAUAUUCCAUGGAAUGCUCUUAACAUCCCGAUAGCAAUGAAUAUCUUAAGUGCUUUGGCAAAAAAUCCAUAAAAAAAUGUCAUCUGUGGAAGCCGUAGUACUGUAAAAAGCACGACCAAACAUUUUAGCCGGCCCUGCUAAAAUAACUGGAUGGCCUACCUGCCUGUCAGCCUUCCAUCUGUGCUCAAACUUAUCUCGUGCCCUCAUUGGUCAUGUGCGCGUUCGUGUGUGUUGGAGGAGGGGCUCUGUAAGGAAGUGGCAGAUUUUUUCCGGCUGUGUAUUUUCAAAUUCUAGCGCACUCAAGCUGGUUUCUCCAAAAUUACCUACCCCAACUUUAAGAGUAACAAUGCUUUGAAAAACACCAACAGUUGUGACCAAAGACAAGAAAGUGAAACCCUGUGCGUCUGCGGUAGUCAGACGGCUGUAAAUAAAUCUGAAAGGUCAGCACUUGUUGAAAAAUAUGAAGCAUGUUCUCCUUGUUUUUAUCAGUAUUAGCAAUGUCUCAUGGGACUGGAUGUGGGGAAAGCUGUUAUUUAUAAAAGGGAUACUCCCACUAUAUUUUUGUUUUAUUUACAUAUAUAACAUUCUUUUAUUUGGUAUUUGUUGGAAUAGAGGUCAAUUCUGAACUCCCCAGCAUAAACAACACAAAUGGCAAAGAAAGAACAAAAUAGGCUGCAUCAUAAGAGCUCUGUAUAAUGCAGUUUAGUUUGCAGUCGUGGUCAAAUCCUCACCAAAACUUGUGCAUGAGAUGAUUCUCAGCAUUGGCUUAUGGUUCUCCAACUUAAACAACAAGCAGCAUCACUGAAACUAUCAAUUCUUCCCUUAUUUUAAUGCUGCUAAAUAAUGAUAAUAUGUUGUGUGUAUGUGAUUGUGUAUGUGUGUGUGUUGAUGUCCUUACAUACAGUAUGUUAUUGUCUUUUUGUGUUCAUUGUGUAUUCUUGCAUGUAUUUGAUUCUUUCUGUGAAAGAAACCUAUCAUAUGUAGUUUGGAGAAAAAAAUGUGAAGUUCUGCUAAUUGUUGCAUACAGUAAUUCCCAUUUUAACCAAAUAGACCAAAAUAGAGUUUAUGUUAUUUUAGUUGCAUAUGGUUUUGUAGUCAUGCUAAACAUCAGAGCAAAGAUGAUUUAUGUUGCCCUCCCUUCAUUUGAAAAGAAAUACAACAAAGUAUUUAUUUAUUUGGAAAGUGAAAAACUACUGAAAGAUGAGACAAGUAACAGAAUGUUUAUGAAAGCGCCGCCUGCCAUUUCACUGAUAACUUCAACUAUAAAUGUGUAAAGUUACUGAUAAGUUAUUGUUUACAGCCAAUGUAAUGCUACGUCUCAGGCAUGUAUAUUUUCAUUGCCCAUCAUGACUCUUCAUGUCGACUGAAAAUAAACAUGAGCAGCCAUAAUCAGUUUCACAUUUUAAGUCAUCUUAAUAAAGUACACAGCAGCCAUUAUUAGUACAAGACCUGUUAUAGUGGUUCUAUUACUGUAAACUUAAUUUGUGAUUGAUUGCUUGUGUGGACAAUUUGCUUAUUUUUUCCUAAAAUCCAAAGUUUUGUACAAACUAGUUUUUUGUGUUUUUAUGGAUUUCUAAAAUUUCAUGUUUUUUUAUAAUUAUUUAUUUUAUGCUAUGUACAUAUUAGUAAGUAAAAGUAUAUAUUUGCUAAAUGCAUUUUUUUUAAACAGUGUUGUGACUUGUAACGCUGUAGCCUUUUUACCUCAUCUCUGUUUUUUCACUGACUGCACACAGGCCUCGUUUGUCUUACUGCCUGUAGUAGAUUUCUAAAGUUAACUCUGUAACACCAAAAUAAAGCAACAUAAACAACCAAA